AUGGGGAUGCUAAGAUCCCGGAAACAGCAAUGCUUCGGCAUCGCCAUUGUUGCCGCCAUAUGCACACUGUACCUGCUGGGUUUAUGGACAGGUCCUGGAAGGCCCUUGAGCGCCAAUGUCCCGCCUGUCACACAGCAAAACCCAUCGUCACCAUCAUCAUCCAGCACAACAACCGAACCUGCUAUCCCUGACGACACCACACCACCGGCAGCAGGCCGCGGGCCAAAGCCAGCACCUCCAGGCCAGCACCCCGUGUCGCACCUCAUCCGCGCCGCCGAGGCCGAGAUGAAAACCACGCUGGCCCGGCAGUCCAAGACGCUCCAGGACGCCGUGGCCGAGUACCGCCGCCGACACCACGGCCUGCCCCCUCCGCCCAACUUUGACAAAUGGUGGGAGUUUGCGCGCGCGCGCGACGUGCAGCUCGUCGACGAAUUCGACGGCGUCGCGGACCUGCUGACCCCGUUCUGGGGCCUGCGGCCCGCCACGGUCCGCGGCCGCGCCGCCGAGGCGUUGGGAUUCGCGGGGAAUCUGCUGCUGGGCGUGCAGGUUCGCGCUGGCAGGGUCGCGCACAUCUCGGGCGGCAACGACUGGCACCGCAAGGCCCUCAGCGGCAUGAUGGCUUCGUUCGUCGAGCACCUGCCCGACAUGGAUUUGGCCUUCAACGUUCAUGAUGAGCCGCGCGUCGUGGUGCCGCACGACGACAUGGAUAGGUUGGUUGCGCGGGCCACGGAGGAGAAGGCCGCAGCGGCUUCGGGCAAGAAGCAUAGGAACUCGUUCGCCUCGUCCGGGGGCGAGGUGAGGCCCGUGGGGCUUGCAACCGAGGGAGGGUUCGACGCUGUCGGGACGACGCGGUUCAACACGUAUGCGCACCAAUCCUCUUGGCUGCACUCGCGGGCAUCGUGUAGUCCCGGCUCGGCGGCGCGGAUCCUGGAUGACUCGGAGCGCGUGGACGACAUCUCCCGGUCGCUGAUGGGGGAGCUGGGCUUCGUGUACAAUGCCACCGCACUGUCCGACGUCUGCUCGUCGCCAUCCCUGGCCACCUCGUUCGGCCUCUUCGAGAGGCCCAACGCCUACAGCGUUGUGCAGGAGCUUUUCCCCAUAUUCUCGGCUUCCAAGGUGUCGAGCUACGCCGAUAUUCUGUACCCUGCCCCUUGGUACUGGUACGAAAAGGUCGCGUACGACGAGGCGCAGGACCCGAGCUGGGAGAGCAAAAAGGCAAAGCUGUACUGGCGGGGCUCGACCACGGGCGGGUACAGCCGCAACGGCGGCUGGAGGCGUCACCACCGCCAGCGCAUGGUGGACAAGCUCAGCAACGGCGAGUCGGCCAAGAUCCUCGAGCCCGUCCAAGGCAGCGAUGCUUCGCAGCAGACAUGGCAGGCAAAACCCGCAUCGCGCAGCCGCCUCGCGUCACUCUUCGACGUCUUCUUCUCGCACGUCGGGCAGUGCGAUCCAGCCGACUGCGACGAGCAGGAGCGGCACUUCACCGUCAAGGGCCGGACGCGGCCAGAGUCGGCCUGGUACUACCGGUACCUGCUGGACGUGGACGGCAACGCCUUCUCUGGCCGCUUCUACGCCUUUCUCCGUUCACGCAGCCUCGUCUACAAGCUAUCCAUCUUUCGCGAGUGGCACGCCGACUGGCUCAAGCCCUGGGUCCACUACGUGCCCAUGAGCCUCCGCGGUGACGACUGGGCCGAGCUCGUCAGGUACUUUAGCCAGGGUGGCGUCGACGGCGGCGACGAGCUGGCCGAGAGGAUGGCGCUCAGCGGUAGGGAGUGGGCUGCCAAGGUGUUGAGGAAUGAGGACCUCGAGGUGUGGUUCUUUAGGUUGCUACUGGAGUACGGCCGUAUCGUGGACGACGAUAGACUGAAUAUCGGGUAUUCGCCUUGAUAGCAUGGUUCCACUUGUUACUUGUAUACAGGCAUUGAAAGGAGUAUUGUGGGAUUUAGCGUACCACUUUUGGGUAUAUAUCUGGGUUUUGUUCGUAUUGGUCACUAGAUG